AAAGUAUGAGAUAUAUCUUGGUCAUUAAAUUUGAUCAGCUUAAUAUAGUUAGCAAACUCAUUAAUACGUUUCAGCUAAAGGAAUCCUUCAGAAAAUUGCUGGAAGCGAUGGCGAAGACCCACACAUUACAAAAGUUUUUUCUAAUAUUUGUGUGUAAGUAAUAAUUUUCUAAUAAAUAAAUGUGUACACACAUGAAACGCUCUAGGAUGUGACAUUAUUCCAAAAUAAGACAAAAUAAAUAUCCUUCCUUCAUAUAUUAGUAGUAAAAUCACCAAAUAAAAUAUAAUUUUGCCAACAUUUCACCGGAAAAACAUGCUACAGCAAAUAAAAAUUUUACCGAGUAUCUCGAAAUUAAUGGCAUUAACUCAAUUAUCACUAAAUAUUUUUGCAACGAUACUAAAGGAAAAUCUGUUGCUACUAAAUGUCCAACAUGUCACUCGGGAAACAAUACAAUAAAUAAUAUUUAACGACAAUAAUAAAUAUUGAUACUUAUAACCUGCACUUUAUCUAAAUGAUGCUAAAGGCUUCAGCAACUCUGAAUAUAAUGACAUUAACUCAAUUGCAACUAAAUAUUUUCUCAUGACGAAAAUUUAUUGACAUUAUCUAUUGAAAUCACAAUGAUUAGACCAAAAUUCAAUGAGAAGCUAUAUAAAAUAAAAUGCUACCGACGUCAUUAAGUUUUUGAGAUGUGAAAUCUAAAUUAGAUUGAGUUGUCAUAUUGAAUAGUUGAAUUUGUGUAUAUAUAUAAAUAUAUAAUCGUAAACCUAUCGAGAAAUAAGAAAGUUGAAUUGAAUUGGUUGGGAAGAAGAGUUAAUGUGAGUCGUUGUAGUAGUAUUAAUGGACAGGCCCAUUCUCUUUAAUUCGGAAUCGAUAGUGUUUCUCUUACAAAAGCCCAUAACUAUAGUAAAUACAUUUUGUGAAGAGAAAGUUCCAUGAAUGAAGCAUGCAUACUUAUGUUUAUUCAAAAGCAUUUAUUUUCUCCCAUGUGAUUUCUAAAAUAAUCCUUGGUAAUAAUCAGGAAGUAGAAUUGAAUAAUGCUGAGAAAGGACAAAUGGGAUCAAAAAGUCGAGGCGUUUUCUUGACCUGGAAUGACUUAUGGGUUACUGUUAGCACUAAAAAAGGUGGAAGCAAGUCCAUACUUAAAGGUCUCACUGGCUAUGCUCGACCUAGUGAGCUCUUGGCUGUUAUGGGUCCUUCUGGCUGUGGCAAAUCUACAUUUCUCGAUUCCUUAGCUGGGAGACUGGAUUUCAGCACGAGGCAGAGCGGGGAAAUUCUGAUCAAUGGUCACAAACAGAAACUUUCGUAUGGAACAUCUGCAUAUGUGACUCAAGAUGAAACUCUGUUAGCAACACUAACAGUUCAAGAAGCAGUUUACUACUCUGCACAACUCCAACUCCCAGUUUCCAUGACAAAAUCAGAGAAAAAACAAAUAGCAGAGCAGACUAUCAAGGAGAUGGGGUUGCAAGAUGCAAUGAACACAAGAAUUGGAGGAUUUGGUAAUAAAGGAAUUAGUGGAGGAGAAAAGAGAAGACUUAGUGUUUGCAUGGAGAUUCUAACGCGGCCAAAACUUCUUUUCCUUGAUGAACCAACCAGUGGCCUCGACAGUGCUGCAUCUUAUUACGUGAUGAGCGGAAUUUCACGUCAAAGAGAGGGAAGAACCAUUAUUGCAUCUAUCCAUCAGCCAAGUGCUGAAGUUUUCAACCUUUUCCACAGUUUAUGCCUUCUGUCUUCAGGAAGAACCGUAUAUUUCGGACCUGCUAGUGCAGCAAUUGAGUUUUUCACGAGGAACGGUUUCCCUUGCCCAUAUCUUCAGAAUCCAUCAGAUCAUUUUCUUAAAACAAUAAACAAGGACUUUGAUGAGGAUAUUGAACAAGGCUCAGCUGGAGGAAGGAGACCUACAGAAGAAGUUAUAGACCUUCUCAUAAAUUCAUAUAAAUCAUCAGAGGGAUAUCAUGAAGUUCAGAGCCAUGUUGCAGAAAUAUGUCAUCAGGGUGGUGAAAUGUUGGAAAAAAGAAGCCAUGCUAACUUCAAGACGCAAUGCCUUGUUCUUACUAGGCGGUCAACUGUGAACAUGUUUCGUGAUCCUGGCUACUAUUGGAUGAGAUUCGUUGUUUAUGUCGCCAUUGCUUUAAGUCUUGGCUCCAUCUACUAUAAUGUUGGCUCAAACUAUCGGUCAAUUGAGGAAAGAGGUCUAAUGGUUGCUUUCGUAGUUUCAUUUAUGACAUUUAUGACCGUCGGUGGAUUCCCUUCAUUUGUGGAGGAAAUGAAGGUAUUUCAACGAGAAAAUGUGAACGGGCACUACGGAUGUUUGGCUUUUGUCAUAGGCAACACACUUUCUUCUAUACCAUACGUGUUACUAAUAUCAUUGGUUCCAGGUGCCAUUGCCUAUUUCCUUGCUGGAUUUCGAAAUGGAUUUGAGCACUUCAUCUACUUUGCUUUGGUCCUCUUCAUCAGUAUGAUGGUAGUGGAGAGCCUAAUGAUGAAUGUCGCAGCUAUUGUACCGAACUUUUUAAUGGGCAUUGUAACGGGGGCAGGAAUACAAGGACUACAAAUACUAAGUGGUGGUUAUUUUCAAUUACCGAGUGAGUUGCCUAAAAUACUUUGGAAAUACCCACUAUACUACAUGUCCUUCCACAAGUAUGCUUACCAAGGUAUGUUCAAGAAUGAAUUUGUAGGACUAAAGUUUAGAGAUGAUAUGUUUGGAAACAAUCAUAUUAUGAGUGGAGAAGUCGUCUUGAGAGAAAGAUGGCAAGCAGAAAUGGGAUACUCAAAGUGGAUAGACCUAGUCAUUCUGGUCGGUAUACUAAUUUUGUAUCGAUUGGUGUUUUUCCUUAUAAUCAAGACAAAAGAAAAAAUUGUGCAUGCAAGAAAGACAUCCACGGCAAUUCUAUCAAACCGAAGUACACAAAUCAUGGCUAAGUCCCUACCUGCCUCACCUCUCCAUGGACUCACUCCACCUCAUGACACUCCCACCAACAAUAGAUGAACUAAUAGUUAGUCCUUCUGUUCUCUACAAGAUUUGACACUAUAUUUGGCUUCUUAUUUCUAUAAUGUAUCAAUUUGUACUGUAUUGUAUUUUACCAACUGUUUUGUGGAUGUAAUGUUUAAAUAGACUAUAGCGUUUGAUGAUGUAAAACUUUUUCCUUUUUGGCCUAUAAAAGAGAUGGCACUUUACCUUUAA